AUGGACGUUCAUUUCUCUCCCGAAGGCCAUGGAUAUGCCCCCUUGAUGCAGCCAGUCGACUCAGCUGAACUGAAUCGGGAUGGCAGUCCGAGCAGCUGGCGCACUCUGACGCCCAAAGGCUCAGAAGCGACGGGAAGCCUGCAAGUUGCCGCGAGGGGGGGAGUGCUGGGUGGAUGUCAACUAGGCUCGGAGGCCUAUAUCAGGGCGGUGUUAAUCCGUGCACAGCCUGUUGCCGCUGCCGGCACACUCCUCCUCCUGGGUGACGACUUGGCUUGCCUUUCAGAAGCAGGAGGGCCAGGUGGCUGCCCCCAUGUGUGGUUCCGCCAGGGAUCAGAGCCAUGGCAGUGGAGACUCGGCCGGGAGCCGAAGGUGUAA